GUAAACCCGAUGGCAUCGAAACUGAACCGUUUAGUUUACAACCUACAAAGUCCUCGAAAAUGAGGUUAAAUUUUCUAGGAUUAUUUCUUGGGAUCCUACUUUUGUUCUUCACUCAAGCAACCAAGAGUGAAAGCGGAGAUGCGAAAAACGAAGGGAAUCAAAUUUUCAGACUACAAAAUAAUGGGACAAAAGAGCAGCCAAAACAAAAAUGGAUGAAGUCAAAAUACCAUAAGGUGGAAUUUUUGAAACGUGUCGGGUCGAAGACUCGCAAGACUGUACCAAAGACCAUGGCACCAUCAAAGGUCAAGUCAUCCACCAAAGCCAUAGAUCGUCUACCACUGACCUCUAAAGGAAAAAAAGAGCAAAAACGACAGUUUAUCUUGCGUCCUCCGCAUCUGUCAAUGUUCGGAUCUUUCCAAAAGUCACCAUUUAUGAUGAUGCGACCACCUCCUUUGACACAGAAAACUGUUGUGACGACCCAUAUCCCUCGCCCUCCUAUAGCAAUCCCGUACAACUCACUGCUAAUGAACCACCUCUUCCAUCCGUUCAUGGGCGAACAGCAUGAAAUGCGUUCUCCUUUACAGAUGUUUGAAAAUCCUAAUUUAAUGAAGCAAUUUGAAGAAGAUGAAGACGAAGAUAGUAACUGCGACUCGAAUCCAUGUCAGAAUGGAGGAACAUGUAAUGAGGUUAAGAAUGGUUACGAGUGUAUUUGUACACAUGGCUUCAAAGGAUCUGAUUGUGAAGAGGAAAAUAAGUGUCAUCCUAAUCCCUGUCGUAACGGUGGGAUAUGUACCAUGGCUAACGGGGGAUACGUUUGCACGUGUAUGCAGGGAUAUAAAGGAACAAACUGCGAAGAGCACAACAAGUGUCAGCCCAAUCCAUGCAGAAACGGAGGAUCGUGUACCGAGGUGGACGAUGGAUUCGAGUGCGCAUGCCCACCAGAAUACAAAGGACCGUCAUGCGAAGUUCAAAACCACUGCUACAUCAGUCCGUGUCUUAAUGGCGGCACAUGUCUCUCGAGUAGUCUUAGCUCUUUCUCGUGUUUGUGUGGGGAUGGCUUCAGCGGUCAAUCUUGUGAAGUUGAGAGUAAAUGUCGCAAUCAGCCAUGUAGAAAUGGUGGAACUUGUUUUGAUCAUCAUAAUUCUUAUACCUGUGCUUGUACGAACGGGUUCUCGGGAGUCAACUGCGAUACUAUGAUAUCAGCUUGUGAUUCUAAUCCAUGUCUAAACAGCGGCUCGUGUAUAAACCAGGGUCCCAAUAUCUACAGAUGUAUAUGUCAACACGGGUUCAAGGGAAAAAACUGUGAAAGUAAGUUCAUACGGUAUGAAAUAAUCUUAAGAAAACCUGCGCAAAAUGGCCAAGUUUGUCUAGUCCAUGUCUCACGUAUCAUUUGCUUAUUUUCAGAACAAAUAAACCUCUGUGAAAGCAGCCCCUGUGCUAAUGGAGCCACGUGUUCAAUGUUCGCUAACACUUUCCACUGCUUGUGUUCGGAUGGUUACAAAGGUCUAUACUGCCGAGAAGUGGAAAAGUGUCACCCAAACCCUUGUCGGAACGGAGGAACGUGUAUAUCAGAGCUCAACAGCUACAGAUGUGUAUGUAGGGAAGGAUACCGGGGAAACGACUGUGAAGAGGAACUUAAGUGUCACUCCAACCCAUGUCAAAAUGGUGGCACAUGUUAUGAAAACAGUGGAGGCUUCACGUGUACGUGUAUGGAGGGCUACAAGGGCGUGAACUGCGAAGAGCGCGAUCGUUGUCACCCCAACCCUUGUCGUCAUGGUGGGUUAUGUGAAGUUGAAAAUAACGAAGCAGUGUGCAGUUGUUCUUCGGGAUGGACGGGACUCACGUGUGAAGAGGAAGACAGGUGUCAUCCAAAUCCGUGUGAACAUGGAGGUGUCUGUAUCACUAAGGCCUUUCGCUACGACUGUCAUUGCCCCAUACACUGGUCUGGUCUGAACUGUGAGGUUCCUUCAGCAACCUUUGCUGCACCUUUAAGAGAAACAGCCUCAGUAGUUAACGCAUGCGCAACAACCACGUAUGGCUGCUGUCCAGAUGGUACGACAGCUGCUGUUGGACCACAUCAAGCGGGUUGUCCAGAACACAUUCCAGGAAUUGGCAAGCGAACAGUAAUCGAGAAAGCCGAAAAAAGAUCCUCCAAUUAACACAAGCACUGAGAAGAUCAAAGAAAAAAAGUGUUGUUAUCAAUGAACAAGAGAAGUGAAUGGGAAAAGAUCAGACGAGUUAGCGAGAUAGACUCGAUUCAGAAGGGAAAUAACUUGAUGGCUUCUUCGGAAAGCAAAGUGAAAAGAAUAUUUAAGAUCUCUAGUCUCUAUUCUAAGAUAUAUAUAUCUUAUUUAAAUGUCUAAGUUUUCACAAGGGAUUGGCUGCAUUAUUUAUGGCAAAUAAUGAGGGAUCGUCACGCAACGCUCUCUUCCCUAAGUAGUAAGAGGGUUGCGUGACGAUCUUGGUAACGGUUCGAUAAUGGGGAGGGAUGGGGGAGAAAGUGAGAGUAAACUAUCUCAUAUAAGAUUUAUACAGAUGUGUAAACAGAGGCGUAUACAGAGAUGUGAUGUGUAAACUACACACUACAAAAUUUCGCAAGAACCCUUCGUAAUGAAUAUAUGUAAUAAAUUUUCUACAAUACAAAAAAUUAUUAAAUGUGGACUAUGAUCCAUGUAAUUAAUGAUUUUAAGAAAUAGAGCAGCUAUCAUGCUUUGUAAAUAAAGGUAAAACUUCAAAAACG